AUGGCUCCUCCCCCUCUAGCUCGUGGGAUGGCAGUGAUGGCUCCUACCCCCUCUGGAUCUCCGGACGGCAACAAUAGCUCCUCCCCCUCUGGCUCGUGGGACAGCAGCGGUGGUUCCUCCCCCUCAGGUUCUCGGGACGGCAAAGAGGGGAUGUUUCCCACACCCUUGUAUGCCCACACUGGGCGCGGUGCAUUUGCCAAGGUGUACAACCCGGCCGAGGACACCUUCCUCCUGAUGGAUGCCUUGGAGCAAGAUUUGAAACUGAAUUGUCUCUGUCUCAUGCCAAGCUGUACAGAUAUCAACCCCUUAGCUGCUGCCUGCACUACAGAGACCGCACGCUGCAAUGACGUCAGUGUUCAGCCAGUAAUCACCGAUUUGGUCAGUGCACUGCUGCCCAGGCUUCUAGAGAAAGUAAAACCCCCCUACGUUGUGACUCCAUCUGAGGAGGUAGGAAGCUGUGGUAUCCAGGCCUCAUGGGCAGGUUGGAGGCGGGGCAGAGAGGUGAUGGACAGGCUGUUUCCAGUGGUUCCCCAGCUCCUGUCCAAUCAGGGGCAUUUCUAUCUGGUUACCGUGCAAGAGAAUAACCCAGUACUUUAA